CAAACUUUAAACCGUUCACAUUUUCAUAUUGCACGCUUGGAUCAAGGAAGUUACGUGUCUUGUCCGGAAAUUUACCUGAUUUCCCAAGGUAAAACUGGUGGGAAAAUUCCGGUGAACUGAAAAUGGACUUCCUACGUGAUAUAUCUAAAAAUCCCUUUUGUGCUGGGCAAACUUCUUAUGUACUAAACUUGAUGAAGAUUACACUUUACGGUAUACCGGAAGAUUUACUGAACCAACGAAAACAGUAGCUGAACUCCAAAACACGCGAACUUCUUGAUCCUUCGGCACCCAUUUGGGUUUUGCCUAAUCGGAAUCCGACGGUGGAUGCUUUUUCACUUUCGAAUUUGUAGGUUGUUGAUUUGGGUAUUAUUUUAACCCUCUUCACCUAGAUCUGAGCGUGUAUUCAUGUUAUGUGGGCUUUGAUAGAAUCGGGGGUUUCGUUGUUGGUUUAUGCUUGAUGAGAUGAAAGAGGCCGGCAGAUCUAAGCAGUCUGGAACUCGGGUAAAGAAAAAAAGCUCUUCUGGCUGUUUGGUUAUUAAAAAGAAAGUUGCAGAUACUGUGGGAGGGGUUAGUGGGUUUAGUGAUUCAUCUUCGAGGAAUUUGUCUAGAUCGUCAAAGGUGAAAAAGAGACGUCGAGUUGUUGAGAGUGAUUCAGAGUCCAGUGAUUACUCAUCAGAAACUAUUCAUAAACUCCGUAAACGUUCAGCUGUUUACAAAGAAUUUGAGACCGAGAAAAGGGCAAGUAGUGGAUUAGAUGUAUUUGAGUUUGACGAGUAUGAUGGGUUUGAGGAUGUGAGGACCAGGAAGGAUGCUAAUGGUGGUAAGCAUAGAUGGAACUCAUCUAGGCAAAGUGGCGAUCAAAUGGAAUCUGGAAAUGGUGGUAGCAGACCUACUUAUGAAGCUAGAACUGUAAGUCCCUUAGAGAUGGAUGAUGAUGAUGAUGAUGAUUUUGACUUACCCCUUUCAGUGUUGAGUAAGAAGUAUCGUUCAUCUUCAGACCAACCUAUUAGACUACAAGGGGAAAAUGGUGUCUUGAAUGUAAUGGUAAAUCAUAAUAAGCAGAUGAGUAGAAGUUCUGAUAAAAAAGAAGCCAAGGCUAGAGUUCAGCACAAGAAAAAGCUGGAUAAAAAUGGUGAUCAUAGAGAUGCUGGAGAUGGACAUAGUUCCAGGAGUGAGGAUACCAAAAAGAGCAAGGAGAAAGGUGGGAUGAAAUCUCCAACACCAGUGGUGCGAAAAAGCAGCAAAGAAGUAACUGAGAGUGAUACAGUAAUGCCGUCAAAAUCAAAUAGCAGAGUGGAAACUUUUAAAAAACUGGAGAAUGUUAAGAAAGUGAAGAAGAAGGAAAACAUGGUUAAGCAUGGUAGUGGCACUGAAAAGCAAAUACUGCGUGAAAAGAUUAAGAAUAUGCUUCUUGGUGCUGGUUGGACCAUUGAUUAUAGACCAAGAAAGAACAAAAACUAUCUUGAUUCUAUAUAUACUAAUCCUGCUGGAACCGCUUAUUGGUCUAUAAUCAAGGCUUAUGAAGCACUUCAAAAGGAAGAGGAAGACAAUGCUGAAGAUAGUGACAACUUUACUCCUUUACCUGUUGAAAUACUUGGUCAAUUAGCCAGACAAAUCCAAAAGAAGACAGAAAGAGAAUUGAUGAAAACAAAGAGAAAAGAUGAAGGCAACAGUAGGAAUGCCAAAAGGGCUAUGGAGGACACACUCACAGAUAGUGAUUAUGAGGAUGAAAUGAAUUCCCAUGGAAGAAGAAAAAACAGAUGUACUUUGUUGGUUCGCGAUACUAACAAGGUUUUAGAAAAUGACGGGAUUAGUCCCUAUUCAGGAAAAAGGACCAUUCUCGCGUGGUUAAUCGACUCUGGAGUGGUGGAUAUGAGUGAACAUGUGGAAUAUAUGAAUGCUAGAAGGACACGGAUACUGCAAAAAGGAAGGAUUACAAAAGAUGGGAUCCAUUGUGGUUGUUGUAGCAAGGUUGUCACUGUUGUCAAGUUCCAGCAACAUUCAGGAAGCAAACUUUGCAACCCGUUUCCAAACAUGUUUUUGGAGUCUGGAAAAUCCCUGAUGCAAUGUCAGAUUGAUGCAUGGAAUAAACUAGGGGAGUUAGAGCAAAAGGGUUUUUAUACUGUAGAUGUUGAUGGUGAUGAUCCUAAUGAUGAUACAUGUAGUGUAUGUGGGGAUGGUGGGGAUUUGAUCUGUUGUGAUGGUUGUCCAUCAACUUUUCACCAAAGCUGUUUAGACAUACAGAUGCUUCCUGAAGGUGAUUGGCUCUGUCCAAAUUGUUCCUGCAAAUACUGUGAAAUGGCUGCUGGGAAUUGCACAAAAGAUGGUGGUAUAACUGAUGCUUCACUUCAUACGUGCUGCCUUUGUUACAAGAAAUAUCAUGAAUCAUGCAGGCCAGGAAUAGAUGUCAAGUCAGAUGAACCAAGCUCUCUGGAUUUGUCUUUCUGUGGACACAAGUGCCAUGAGGUAUACAUUCCGUUGCAGAAGCUUAUUGGAGUGAAGCAUGAACUGGAUUCAGGGUUCUCAUGGUCCCUUAUUCAUCGAUCUGAUUCUGAUUCUGAUUCAUUGACAGAUGGAGAAAGGAUGGAAUGCAAUUCCAUGCUGGCUGUUGCCAUGUCAUUAAUGGAUGAGUGUUUCUUGCCUUUUACUGACAAGAGAAGCGGGAUCAAUUUAAUUCGUAAUGUAGUCUUCAAUUGUGGAUCAAACCUUAGCCGGUUGAACUAUAGUGGCUUCUAUACAGCUAUUCUGGAGAGGGAGGAGGAAGUCGUUUGUGCUGCAUCUAUCAGGUUCCAUGGAACCCAAGUAGCAGAGAUGCCAUUUAUUGGGACACGUCAUAUAUAUAGACGCCAAGGGAUGUGUCGUCGCCUAUUAUCAGCUAUUGAAUCGGCUCUGUCUGCUCUCCAAGUAGAUAAAUUGAUUAUUCCUGCGGUUGCUGAACACAUGAAUACAUGGACUGAUGUUUUUGGUUUCCGGGCAUUGGAGGAAUCACACAAACAAGAACUGAAGUCUAUGAAUUUGUUGGUGUUUCCUAGGACUGAUAUGUUACAAAAGCCGCUACUCAAGCAAGCCAUCCCUCAAGGUAAGAAGAGCCUUGGGCUUGAAGUAGAUGGCUUUAGUGCCUUGUCCAAGAAACCAGAGUUGAUUUCUGCUAAUGUUGCAGAGUUAAUUGACAAAAAUAAAAAUGGUAUUAGAGAUUCUGGUGUUCCUACGGAUGAUGCGAGCAAGGAGACUCUUCCCAUGGAUCCUCCUGUCAAAGAUGAGAGUCCUUGUGAACCCGAACUCCAACUGCAAGGAAAGGAAUCUGAUUCCAGUUCCAAAGUCAACGAAUAUGAUGUGCAGAAUCAGAAUGGCAAUGGAACGAAUCCACUUCCUGAUCCUUCGCAUGAUGAUAUUCCAUGCGAAUCACAGUCACAUAAACUACAACACUCAGGAAACGAAUCUGAUUCCAAAAUCGACGGAAUUGCUGUGCAGAAUCAGAAUGGCAAUGGCACUAAUCCUAAGGAGGGUUCAUGUGGAAGUGAAAGGAAUAGAAAGGAAAAGGAAAGAGUAAUUUCUGAUUUGAGUAGGCUGCAUUCUGGUACUCAAGAAGUUGGUGUUCCCUUGGAUUUGGAUGCAACUGCAAGCAAGGAGAUUCAUCCCAUCAGUUCCCGAGUUAAAGAUGAACCUCAACACCAACUCCUGGUAAAGGAAUCUGAUUCCAACUCCAAAGCCUCAAUUGAAACUAAUAAUCCCCAUGUCCAUCAUCCCAUACAACCCUCAAACAAGGAAUCUUUUUCUUCCAUGGAUGUACAAAACCAAGGCAACAAUACUAUUGAAUUAGAUGACCAUAGUCAUAGUGCUGUGCCCACAAAAUCAGAAUUGAGUCCUUCUAAUGUGGCAGAGUUUAGACUUAGUGACGAAACCGCCACCAUUGAUUCCGGUUCUCAAGAAUCUGUUGUUUCUUUGAAUGAUGGUUGUUCCUUAGAUACAGGCAAGGUCAAUUCUCCUGUUAAAGAUGAACCUGAACCUCAACAGCCAGGAAAGGAAUUGGAUUCCAUCCAUUCACAUUCCGAUUCCAAAGUCCGUGAAAUUGAUGUGCAGAAUGGCAAUCGAACUAAUCCCAAAGAAGGUUCAUGUGGAAGUGAAAUGAAUAGAAAGGAAAAGGAAAAGGAAAGAGGAACUCUUGGAGCAAUUUCUGGUUUCGAAGCCACAAACACAAACACAAACACAAACGAUUUGAGUGGGGUGCAUUACUCUGUCAUUUCCACUCCAUCCAUGGAAGUAGAUAACUGUAGUGCUACUUCCUUCUCCAUAAAACAGGAGAUUGAUGACAAAACUGCCAUUACAGAUUCCGAUUCUCAAGAAUGUGGUGUUCUUUUUGAUGAUACUGACACCAAAACUACUGAUUCCGGUUCACAUGAUAAUAUUGUUUCUUCUGAGAUUCCGGACAAAAUCACUGCUGCUCCUUCCAGUGAACCCGAACUCCAGCUGCCAGGAAUGGAAUCUGUUUCCAUCCUUUCACAUUCACAUUUCGAGUCCAAAGCCAAUGAAAUUGCUACGCAGAAUGACAGUGAAACUGACCCCAAAGAUGAGGGUAGUGGCUUGGAGUUGAUUUCUUCUACCGUGGGCGUGGAGGAGUUUAGUGACAACACCACCAUCACGAAUUCCGGUUCUCCUAUUAAAGAUGAUGAUGAUAUCCUUGUGCCAGUUUCAGAAUUGGUCAAAACUGAUGAUGCACAUUUUGACUCCAAUGUAGAAGAAUAUACAUUUACAUAUACUCAGAUUCUGCCGGCCAAAAUCACCAAAGACUCUGCUGCUGAACCCACACUCCAACUCCCAGGAAAGGAUUCCGAUGAAGUUGCUGUGCAGAAUGGCAAUCCACUUCCUACCCAACUCCAUCAUGGUGAUGGUGAUGAUGAUGAUGAUGAUGCCAUUCUUUCAGUUUCAAACAAGGAAUCUUUUUCUUUCACCAACAAUUCGUAUGACGUGGUGAUAAAUGGUUGUCAAGAAUCUGGUGUUCCUUUGGAUGAUGGUUGUUCUUUACAUGCCAGCAUCAUCUAUCCUCCUGGUAAAGACCCCCAACUUCAGCUUCCAGGAAAGGAAUCUGAUGUGCAGAAUGGCAAUCCCCGAGUUCAUGAACAAGUCCCUGCUGCUUCUUUUAGUGAACCCAAACUCCAACUUCCCGGAAAGGAAUCUAAUGAUGCCCCGAAUGGCCAUGGUGAUGGUCAUGAACCCAAACUUCAACAGCCAGGAAAGGAAUCUCAUUCACACUCCGAUUCCAAAGUCGACGAAAUUGAUGUGCCAAAUGGCCAUGGAACUAAUCCACUUCCACUUCCAGGACAUGUCCAUGCUCCCAUUCCGUCAUGUCAAUUGCACCAACUACUCCCCGCUACUCCUACUUCUAAUAAACACCCAGGAAACGACUCUGAUUCACAUUCCGAUUCCAAGGUUGGCCAUGGGAAUCCUGAAAAAGAAAUUGUUAAAGUUACCAGUCAGUUUUUUCAAGGGAAAGAAGAUUCAUAUGAAAGUCAAAUGAAUACGAAAGAGGAAUUCCUGGAGCACUUUCUGAUUCCGAAGCCGGAAACCAUUUAAAUGGGCUGCAUUCAGAUAUUUCCAAACAUAUGGAAAACCCAUGUACUGAAAGGGUGUGAUUGUAAUUUCAUCACUCUUUUAUAUUAUCUUACAAAUGUUUGAUUGAAAAGGUAUAUGAGGUUUGUAGUAAGUUGUAUGGAUUCAAAUUUGAGAUUCCUUGUUUCAGGAAAGACAACAAUACAAGUGGACUCUGUACAGGCAAAUCUUAAUAUCAAAGAUGUAGUAAUAUCAAAAAGUGGAGACUAACAAGAUAUUCAAAAUGA